AUGUCGCCCUGCACCCCAAACGACCGCCAGCGGCGCAUCAUCCAGCUCUCCCAGCAAUGGGACAUAGUCCUGCCCCCGGCUCCCGCGCCGCUCACCCGUCCGCCGCACGCUCCAUCGUUUCGGACAUCGGCCGAUGACCAGACGGCCGAGGACCUCAUGCAGCGCCGCGCCGCCGAUGCCGCCCAGUACCGCCCCAAGUCGGGCCUCCGCCACGCCUUUUCCUCCGGCAACCUGAAGAAGGGCAAGAACUGGGAUCCCCGAGAGACCCUCGAGGUCCUGACCGCCUGGGUCGCCAAUGCCGGCUCUCCUGGUGUGGCCGAGGCCCUCAUCGCUAAGCUGGCCGCGGCCGGCGUCGAUCUUGGCGCUUCGCAGAAGCACAAGACGGGCAUCCUCAGCAGACGCCGCAGCGUCGACUCCUUUGAAGACCGCGCCCGCCUGCUGAGGCUCGCCGUCGAUGGCAGGCAGUAUGACCUCGCCCAGGUCCUGCUUCCUCACGCCGACUCCUUUGCCAUCGACGCCUGUUUGCCCGCAGCCAUCCGCGGCGGCGACACGGCCAUGGUCGAGCUUCUCCUGGCCUAUGGCGCCAGCGCGGCCCAGUCUCCCGAUGGCCAGGACGCAUUUCGCCAAGCGUGUGUCAUCCACGGCCAAUCGCACUUGAUCAGCCUCGUCCUCCGCUCCGACGGUCGCCCCCCGCCCGCCUGGACUUCGGCCUCCAUGUGCGACGCCGCGCGCGCCGGCUGUCUGGAAACCGUCCUGCACCUCAGCCGCUCCACCGCAGACGGCAACCACAACCAAGCCGAGGCGCUCAAGUCCGCCGUCAGCUCGGCAAGGCGAGACAUUGCCCUGGCAAUUGUCAUGGGAAACCGACCCCCUCAAAGGCCAGGUCUGGACGAGGCCUUUCAGAUGCUCCAUGACCACUCGACCCUCAGCCCGUCCAUGAAGCUCGACCUAGCGGAGCUUCUCUUAUGCGCAGGCGCCGACGGCCUCGUCGUCGCCCAGGCACUUGAAAAGUCAUAUCAGUCUCAUUCCGUCGAAAUGGCAACCCUCCUGGCCGCCUACGGUGCUUCGGUGGAAUACAACGACGCCGCCGUAUUAAAGACGGCCAUCUCGCGCGGACAGGUCCACCUCGUCGAGUCGUUGCUCCGCGAUGGCGCCGUCCUCAGCCCUGCUCUGGCUUCGAGUUGCGUGCCGCUGAUCGAAAAGCAAGCGCCAUUCGACCAACGGCACGCCAUUCUCAGCCUGUUGCUUCGCAAAGGCGCUAACGGCGUCGUCCUCGACGACAUGUUGAUUGACGCUGCCGAGGCGGGCGACAUGAGCUCGCUGGACUUGCUGCUUACCCCUUACUUCUCUCUCCCACCCCACGCCUCUCCAAGCCCACACUCUCCAACUGCCCGGAACAAGCACGAGAUUGCGUCCGUCGACCACAAAUCUGGCGAGGCUCUCCGAACGACCGUGCUCCGCGGAGACAUUGAGAUGACGCAGACGCUCCUUGCCCGACACCCGUCGCAGCAAACGCUAUCGGCCGUGUUCCCUUUCACCAGAAAGCUCUCCAACGUGGACCGGUACCAGAUGGUCGAGUUGUUUCUGCAGAGAUCUUUAUCUGGCCCGUGUCUGCACGCCGCGCUCCACGACGCCAUCAACGAGGAUGUUUCCAAGAGGGACAAUUCUCUCAUCAAGUUGCUCCUCCGCUAUGACGCAGACGUCAACUACAGCCAGGGAUCGGGCUUGUCCUCCCUCAUCAAGCAAAAGGAUAUGGAGCUUCUUGGUGCCUUGCUCCAAAAGGCGUCUCCGCAAACGGCUGCAGCUCGCAUGCAAGACGUGAUGCAGGUUUCUGACCACCGGGUGCGUUACGACAUGAUGAUCUUGUUGCUCAAUGCCGGGGCCGUGAUUGGGGUCCAGGAGGUCGCCACAGCCUUGCUCGGAGCACUGUCGGAAAAGCCGGUCGACAUGUCUCUUCUGCGCCUGCUUCUUCGAGAAGGGGGUGCUGAUGUUAACCUCCUCGACGGCGCCGUUGUGAAGCAGGCCGUUGUCAAUCCGGAUCCCAAGGUGCUCGAGGAGGUCCUCGGUCAGGGAACACCGUCGGCCUCGUCAAUCACCCACAGCCUCAGAGAGCUGGUGCCUCUGUCAUCCACUGAAGGCAAGGCAAGAAAGCUGAACAUGAUCCUGUCCAAGUCGACGCGCCAGGAAGAUCUCAGCUGGGUGCUCGUUCACGAAGUACAGUCUGUCGCUCGAGGCAGUGCUGAAACAGCGUCUCUGUCCACGCUGAAACGUCUACUUGCCUCCGGGGCAGACCCAAACGCCUACAACGCCGCCGCUCUUUGCCACGCAGUCAUUGCGGCAAAGAUGCAAAUCGUUGAUAUCCUGUUCAACUGCGGCGUACCACCGAGCCCGCCAGCCUUGGGCGCUGCCCUGCCGCACGUGCUUCGCAUCCCGGAGCCGAUGGAGCGCUUGACCCUGGCGAAGAAGCUGGUACAGGCCGGUGCCAGCCCCCUCGAGAUCAACCGUGCCUUGACGCAUGCCAUCUCUACGUAUCCAACCGACAUAUCCCUCCUUAGUGCCCUAGCUGCCGGCGCUGACACUUCCGAUGGAGAGGCACUUGGUCUGUCCGCAUCCAUGGAGUCUCCCCAGGUCAUGGAUCUUCUGUUGGCUCGGUCAAAGUCCUCGGUCGAAGUCCGAAGCUCCGCCCUAGCCAAGGUCAUGGGAAUCAAGGACCGCGUUGCACGAGGCAAGAUGGGCCAGAGUCUCCUGGCUGCUGGUGUUUCGACCGAAUCGACUUCUAGCGCCCUGUUGAUCGCUGCUCGCGACGGAGACCUUAUGCUUGGCGACGUACUCAUAGCCCACGGUGCCAGUAUUACGAGCAACGACGGCCAGGCCAUUGUCGAAGCUUGCCGUGGGGGGUCCGUCGAGGUUUUGGGCGUGCUUCUGAAAGCAGAUGCGGAUACAAGCAUGAAGACCUUACUGGCAGGGUUUCAGGCCGCAACAGAAGUUGGCAGCCUGGGCAAGCGUGCCGUCAUCUUUGAACAUCUUUUGAAGAGGGGUGUCAGCGGCGAAGCGGUCGAUGCUCAGCUGGAAUCGGCUGCGAGGAGCGGGGACGAUGGUCAAGCAGUGCUCAAUGUUCUCCUCGCCUCGGGGGCUGACCCCAAUUUCAACAAUGGAGAAUGCGUGGUCCUGGCUACCAGGAGUGCAUUCGUUGGGAGCCUUGACCUUUUGCUUGGCCUGUCGCAUGAAGGACGAAACCGAAAAAGGGUGUCGCAGCUGAAUCUCGUCAGGGCUCUCAAGGCUUGCUGGGGCCUGGAGCGCGACUCUCGAUACCGCGUCGUUUGCAGCCUCGUAAAGGCUGGUUUACAGGUAACUGAGGACUUGCACACGGCACUCAACGAUGCCGUCAAUGAAGAGGACCCCGAGGAGCGCCUUAUACGGCUACUGCUCAACCAUGGCGCAUCUCCCUCCGCCAACGGAUGCAAGACCUUGGUAGACGCCGCGCGAAGCAUGUCGCCCUCAUCCUUAGCCCUCCUCCUUCAGCGAGAGCUGUCUAAGGAGGAUAUCACCCAAGCAUUCAGCCAAGCAUUCGCAUCCAACAAUUUCGAUGACUGGUUCACCGAGGUCGGGAUUGAGACCGCAAAAUUGCUCCUCAGCAGAGGCGUACACGCCGAGGCUUUGAGCUGUGCACUGGUUUCGAUCAUGAAAAGGUCGACGCCAGAGUCGAGGGACUUUGCUAAUCCUUUCUUCGACCUCUUGAUGGCACACGAACCCGACGUCGACUACAACGACGGCGAGCUCCUACAGCAGGCUGCCUCGAUGGCAGACGUGCCCUGGACGGCGAAGCUUCUCGAAUGUCACCCAUCGGCACACGCCCUGUCGGUGGCCUUCCAGUGCAUCUUCGACACCGUCCUCACCCAAGACGGUGUUUUGGACCUCUUCAAGAUGUUUGCAGAGUACCAGCAUGGCGAAGUUGGGAUUGACGUCAUGAUUGGGCUUCCGGGGUCCGAGCCGGUGCUCGUACGAGCAAUCAAGCAGUAUCCAAGAUCGACGGCCGUUUUGAGUACUUUGUUGGAUGCAGGCUUUUACCAUGACCAGGCAACCACCUGCAGCAUUGGCCCCGAGAUGGAAGAGGAAGAGGUCACGCUGCUGCUAUGGGCCAUUGCUCAGCCACAAAAGCGUGUCAGUUCAGCGGUGAUUGAGCUGCUUGUCGAACGCGGAGCCAAGGUGAAUGCGGAAGCAAGCAUGUCGCGAAGUACGCCACUCAUGAUUGCCGUACAAUCAAAACGACCGGAUCUCGUGAAGUUGUUGCUUCUCGAAGGUGCAGAUGUCGACGCCCUCGAUUCUCAAGGAAGAACGCCUCUUUCCAUGGCGACCAACAUGGGCGGAGACAUUGCCGUGCAAAUGAUGACCAGUCUGCUGGCGGCGGAACCUGCCAGAGACGACGGGUCCCUACACAACGCCGCCAGGGAUCUAAACUAUGCAGCAGUCAAGAUCCUCGUGCAGUCGGGCCAUGAUCCCGACUUCCCGAGCCCGUUGCAUGGAGGGAGAAGCGCCCUCGGCGAGGUCUGUCUUCGCGGAUCCGACGCUGGUGAAAUGACGGCGGAAAAGGAGCGAACCAUGCAAAGGGUGAUGGCCUUUCUCAUCGGUUCAAACUCCGACCUGACGCUUGAGUCAAACGGCAAGUCUUUGCUGCAUCUGUGCUUCGACGCGGCGGAUCCCGUCGUGACAAGCAGGGCGCUGCUUAAGAGUGGGAUGUGGAAGCAUGUCAACAAGCCGUUCAACCACCUCGUCUUCGAGGGGUACACGUACUCUCCCACAAUGUACAUCUCGAGAGCCCUGGCCCCUUCGAACUCCAACGCCGAGCUGCUUUCGGUGCUACGUGCCAGCCGAGCAACGGAUGUCUUCUACGCCAACGAGGGUCCUCAGCCUGACGGCGCCGUCGGACUGCCUGAGGACAUGGAAGUCCAGGAGCGAGCACGUAAAGCCCGCCUGGCGCGCAUGGCGGAGGAUACCGAAGACUUUUCCAUUGCCCUGGCGCGCAAGCGAGAGAUUGCCGGCGUUGAGCAGCAGAUUGCGGCGCAAAAGGCGGAAAUGGACGACGCUCGCCGCAGGAAGCUUCAUGGCGAGGAAAUCGCCUCGCUCCGCUCCCGCGCCCAGCUCGAGGAGUCGAUUGCCGGUGCCGCCCACCAGCGUCGGCUGGCGGAGCAACACGCAAUCGCCGACGCGUCCAUCGGUCGGUCGCGGGCGCUGGCGGCGACGGAGCUCGAGGCGGCAGAGUCGCGGCAACGCAAGGCGCUCGAGUGGGAGACGAAGCUCAACACGGAGCGCACCGAUAACGCCCGCGCCCUGAGCUCGAUCCGCAUCAGCGAGCGGCAGGAGCUGGAGAGAGUGGAGCAGGGAGCCGAGGCGCGCAUCAAGAACCGCCUCGAGGCGCAGCGCAAGCUCGUCGAGAGCCAGGAGAAGCUGGCCAAGCGGCUGGCCGACGGGCAGCCGGGGGGGGCGGCCAUGGGGAAUGCGAGGAGGCAGAUUGGCUACGUGACGGAGCUCAACUGA